GCUAUUGUUUAGCAAAAAGGAAGCUGCUGCGAAGCAACCAACUUCAACACUAAGCAACAACAGUUGCCUCAUCACCACUCAAAAAGCAUCAUCCUUUUCAUCUCCAGUUUUUGUUUUUUUUGUCCGUGUCUACAGGCAAGGGCAUCACUCUCUGGCAUGAAAACGAUUUGAAUCACUGCGGAAUAUGAUGUCUUGAUAUUUCCUAAAAGAGUAAUUCUUUUGAGUGGGCGAGCUGAUGGGUGGGAAGCUUUCAAAACGAAAUUCAUCUCUGAGAAGUUCAUCUAUAGGGUCUGCUUCAUAUCAACAAAGUCAUCACAGCUACUCGCAGCCAGCAUAUGAUCCGAGCCAAUACUAUGGAACACCAUCACAUUAUGAUGCUCCAACUCCAAGCUUCAGUGGCCAAGUUCCAGCUUCUAAAAAGAAGUUGGAGAGGAAGUAUUCAAAGAUAAAUGAUGAUUACAGUAGCCUGGACCAAGUUACAGAGGCAUUGGCACGUGCCGGUUUGGAAUCUUCGAAUCUCAUUGUCGGUAUUGAUUUCACAAAGAGCAACGAGUGGACAGGUGCAAGGUCAUUCAACCGAAGAAGUUUGCAUCACAUUGGGGACAGUCAAAAUCCUUACGAAGAAGCAAUAGCUAUUGUCGGGAAAACGUUGUCGUCCUUUGAUGAAGAUAACUUAAUUCCUUGCUUUGGAUUCGGAGAUGCAUCGACCCACGAUCAAGAAGUUUUUAGCUUUUAUCCCGAUGAAAGAUUUUGCAACGGUUUCGAAGAAGUGCUUAGCCGAUACCGGGAACUUGUUCCACAUCUUAGACUUGCAGGACCCACGUCUUUUGCUCCCGUCAUUGAAAUGGCAAUCACGAUAGUUGAACAAAGCGGUGGUCAGUACCAUGUUUUACUCAUUAUAGCAGAUGGGCAGGUGACCCGAAGUGUUGAUACCGAACACGGACAACUGAGUCCACAAGAGAAAAGCACCGUAGAAGCAAUCGUUAAAGCCAGUGAGUACCCAUUAUCGAUAGUAUUGGUCGGAGUUGGAGAUGGCCCAUGGGACAUGAUGAAACAAUUCGACGACAAUAUCCCUUCUCGGGCAUUUGACAACUUCCAGUUUGUUAAUUUCACAGAGAUUAUGUCGAAGAACGUUGACCGAUCAAGAAAAGAAGCUGCUUUUGCUCUUGCAGCGUUGAUGGAGAUACCGUCUCAGUACAAGGCAACCCUUGAGCUCAACUUAUUGGGAGCUCGUCGAGGAAAGGGUAUAGACCGGAUUCCUCUUCCGCCUCCUGUCUAUGGCACGUCUUCUUUCAACCCUCCUAAACCAACUCAGCCACACAACAACUACACUCCGAGCGCUCCAUCAUCGACUGCCCGUCCUCCCGUGAACUUACGCACAGAUAACAACGACUGCCCCAUUUGCCUGACCGAUCCAAAAGACAUGGCCUUUGGUUGUGGGCAUCAGACUUGCUGUGGCUGUGGGCAAGAUCUUGAGACGUGCCCGAUUUGCCGAAGCUUCAUUGAGACCAGAAUAAAGCUCUACUGAGUUUCUGCAGUUUUGCUACACAGUUUCGUGCUUGUGGGAAAGCUUCGGAAGUCCAUUGUAUGUUUCGCCAAGGUUGUUUGUUUCAUUGUCGUGAGAAGUCAGCUGUUUCAUAGCCCCCAACCUCCAUAAAUUCCCUCUCAAGUUUAUAAUAUUAUGCAAAUACUAUUCGUGA